AGUGAGGAAGAAGCCAAGAAGAGCAGAUCAUCAACAGGGAAAAGAAAAUACCAUCAGAAGUCAAGGAGUGGAUGCUCCAAUUGCAAAAAAAGGAGAGUCAAGUGUGACGAGAACAAGCCUAUAUGUAACAAGUGCAAGCACUUGAACUUGAACUGUGGCUAUCUUACAGAAGGAGGUGAUCAAAAUCCGCCUCUGGACCUGCUUAAGAAAGACGUUGAAACAGAACAACCAAAACCUAAAAAGCGGAAGUCUGUGAAGUCCCCAUCUUCUUCGACUUCGUCAAGUGAAAGUAAUCCUGAAACUGCUACUCAACAAGCUACACCAAACGUAUCACCAAAUUUGUCAGACAAAGAAGUCAAAUUAGCUGAAAAUGGUGCUCCACCAAGUAACCCGGGAAUUUUGAAUGCUGGAAACUUGAACAACAUAAACCUCAGCUAUCUUGUCAACAACCUUAGUGGUCUCGGAACUGACUUGAGUAGCCUUGGAAACUUGGCUAGUUUGAGCAAUUUGGCAACAUUGGCUCAACUUCCCAUCGACUUGAGUAAUUUGGGAUCCUUAAUUGACAGUUCAAUCACCAAUAAUAUUGCACAGAUGAUCAAUGGACAAGUCAAACCACCAAAUGUUGCGCCCGUUCAACUACCACAACAAGAGCAACAAACACAGAGUCAGCAUGAAAUUCCUAAACCAGAUCCACAAUAUAUUCCAAAAGUUAAUAUCAGUCAACCAUUUGCGCAAAGACCAUCGUCACAAUUUCCAAAGCCCCCAGAUAUGUCCACUAAUAACAUGGGACAGGAGGGUGGAACUUUGCCUAAUAUAUCUCCAAAUGUGAAUACACUGAUUCCCAGAAACCCCAGCCCAAUGACGAACCCAAUGGCAGCUGCCAUGCUGUCGUCGAACUUAAACAUGUUAGAUCUUAGGUUGAUGUUUCAUUAUACUUCUCAGGUUUCCAAUACAAUCACAGGAGCUGGUAUUUCGGAUACUAAUAUAUGGAACUACGACAUUCCAAUGUUAGCAUUUGACUAUCCGUUUUUGAUGCAUUCAAUAUUGGCUUUCAGUGCAACUCAUUUGUCAAGAACGGAGAAGGGUCUUGAUCAAUGUGUGACAUGCCACCGUGGUGAAGCACUUCGUUUAUUACGAGAAGCAGUCUUGAACAUCAACUCAGACAACACGGAUGCUUUGGUUGCCAGUGCGCUUAUUCUUAUUAUGGACUCAUUGGCCAAUGCUUCAUUUCCUUCUUCUACAUCACCCAAAUCAUUACCAGCGUCAGCGUGGAUUUUCCAUGUUAAGGGAGCAGCCACUAUUUUGACGGCUGUGUGGCCCUUGACUGAAGCUUCCCGUUUCUACAAGUUUAUCUCGGUUGAUUUGGGAGAUUUGGGAGAUAUCAUCAACCAAAGAGUCAAUCUCAGCAAAGACCAGCUUACCGGGGCCAAUAGAUACUUCACAGACUUGGAAUGUCAUGAUGCAGAUAUCGCCGACUUGUUCCCCGUGGAAAUCGACUCGCCAUACUUGAUAACCUUGGCGUAUCUCAACAAACUCCACAAGGAGAGGUACAAGUCAGACUUUAUAUUGAGAAUCUUUGCAUUCCCAGCCUUACUUGACAAAUCAUUCUUGUCACUUUUAAUGACUGGGGAUGUCAAGGCCAUGAGAAUCAUGAGAUCUUACUACAAGUUGCUUAGAUCUUUUACAACCGAACUCAAGGACAAAGUGUGGUUCUUGGAGGGAGUGUCGCAAGUGCUCCCCGUGGACGUCGAAGAGUAUGCUGGUGGAGCUGGUGGUAUGCACAUGAUGUUGGAUUUCUUAGGCGGAGGAUUGUCCAUUGUUGAUAACGAAAUCGAUGAGGAAAUCCACAAGUUUGACCCUAGUGGGCUUUUGGCGAACAAACUCAUCGAUACCGACAACCUUCCCAGCGACAUCACCUCCAAUUUGGAGGUGAUGCAAGGAGACGGGGGGUUCAUGAAUAUG